AUGAGAUGUCUUCUUGCCCUGCGAGUGUAUACAAACAGCUGGGCUGUGCAGGUUGAUGGGGGCCCCGAGGAGGUGGAGAAGAUUGCCGGGAAGUUAGGCUUUAUCAGCCUAGGACAGGUUAUCCUUGGCAGUGAUUUAUACCAUUUGCAGCAUCGUGGAGUGCUAAGAAAAUCUUUAACCCCUCACCGGAGCAGGCACAUAAGACUGAAAAAGGAACCUAAGGUGCAGUGGCUUGAGCAACAGACUCUGAAGAAAAGGACUAAAAGACACAGUGUGGUGCCUACGGAUCCCUUGUUCCAUAAGCAGUGGUACAUGAACAAUGACAUUAGUCCAGACUUGAAUGUGAUAACUGCAUGGCGUCAUGGCUUCUCAGGACAAGGUGUGGUGGUGACUGAUAGCAAGGCAAGCUUUGAUUUCAACAAUAAUGACCCUGAUCCACAGCCACGAUAUACUUCAUCUAAUGAGAAUAGCCAUGGAACACGUUGUGCUGGAGUAGUGGCCGCAGUAGCAAAUAAUGACAUCUGUGGUGCAGGGGUUGCAUACAAUGCAAGAAUAGGAGGCAUCCGGAUGCUUGAUGGAUCGAUCACUGAUGUUAUUGAAGCUCGGUCUCUGAGUCUGAAUCCCCAGCACAUUCACAUCUACAGUGCAAGCUGGGGACCAGAGGAUGAUGGGAUGACUGUGGAAGGACCAGGCAUUUUAGCUAUGGAGGCCUUUUAUAGGGGAAUUGUACAUGGACGUGGUGGACUUGGUUCAAUUUUUGUAUGGGCAUCUGGAAAUGGUGGCCUGCAUUAUGAUGACUGUAACUGUGAUGGCUACAGCAAUAGUAUAUACACCCUGUCUGUUGUAAGCACCACAGAGAAUGGAGAAGUCCCAUGGUAUAGUGAAGGGUGUUCAUCUAUACUCACUACCACAUUUAGCAGUGGCAAAAAGAAAGACAGGAAGAUUAUCACCACUGACCUGCGUAAACGGUGCACUGAACACCACACAGGGACAUCGGCAUCUGCACCUUUAGCUGCUGGGAUAAUUGCCCUUGCCCUGGAAGCAAAUCCUGCCCUCACAUGGAGGGAUGUGCAGCACAUUGUGGUGAGAGCAUCAAGUCCUACACAUCUGGUUUCUGAUGACUGGAAGGUAAAUGGAGUUGGGAGAAAAGUGAGUCGCCAUUAUGGUUAUGGGCUUUUGGAUGCUGGGCAACUGGUGGAUCUUGCCCAGAAGUGGGAAAUGACGCGUCCUCAGAGAAGAUGUGAGGUCAACAUUGUGAACAGCCCUCAGAAACUGUCUUCUGGGCUUACUGUAAACAGAUACGUCAUUGCCUGUGCUGGAUCUCCUAGCUAUAUCCUGUCCUUAGAACAUGUCCAGGCCCAAAUCUCCCUUGGUUAUACCCGGAGAGGUGAUCUUGAAAUUUUCCUCACUUCUCCUAUGGGCACACGUUCUGUUUUGGUAUCUCGGAGACCGUAUGACAUGAGCUCUGCUGGUUACAGAAAAUGGACUUUCAUGAGCACCCACAGCUGGGAUGAGAACCCACGCGGCCUGUGGACCCUAGAGUUGGUAAACAAAGGAAACGACUGGAACAAUGGAUUCUUAAACAGUUUCACACUGAUUCUGUAUGGCACUGAUGAACGCAUAAUGGCUAGAAAAAUAUCUGAGCCUGUGUUACGAGACUGUGUGACUCGUGGCCUCAAUGGAACAUGCCUGGAAUGUGAGAUGCCAUUUUAUGCCCUCGGACACCUUUGCAUUACUUACUGCCCUUCAAACUACUUCAAGACACUGCAGCCUGUUAGAACUGAAAAAUUGUCUGUGAUUCUUCGCACAGCUCGUGCCUGUGCUCCUUGUCACCAUUCAUGCUACACCUGCAGGGGGCCCUCUGCUAAUAAUUGUACUGCCUGCCCACUCUAUUCUUCAUAUAAUGAAAGAGAACAUUUGUGCUCACAGUCUUCCUAUCCAAGGAUCAAUCUACGUCCCAGAAAAUCCAGUGAAUCGUUAAAUGUUGCGAUGAUAGUUAUGCUUUUAGGGGGAAUUGUGUUGUUGGUUUGCCUUGUUUCACUUUUAUGGAUCUGUAGUAGAUUACUUGUGCACAAAUUCUCAUUGCCCAAUAUGCCCCACAACCCUGGCCUGGAAAUGUAUAAUCUUCACAGUGAGGAUGACGAAGCUGCUGUCCCACGGAGGAUAUAA